AUGCUGAUCCCCACGAGCAAGGCUGACGGCAUAUCAGGCUCGGCCUUUCCAGCCCGCACCAGCUCCGUGCCAAGAAGAGCAUCGAUCCACGCCCUCAAGGUCGAAGGAAUGGACAUGAACCAGCCCACCCACGCCUACCCGAGCUCGGGCUACCUGACGCCAUCCCCCUACGACCGCCGCGACUCGGUUGCCUCGAUGCAGUCGGCCGCUUCUUGUGCCCACAGCUACUCGAGCAACAGUCCUGCCGGCUACUACCCCACCCAAAUGCCUCUCACUCCCCACUCGUCGCGGGAGCCGAUGGAGGACUAUUGGUUGAUGCAUCCCAACGGCGGAGUCCCCUUUGACCACCCGACAGCGCAAGACGCCCCCCGCCAUGACCUCGACGACUUCGCUCACGAAGCCUGGCAAAACCACCUGAGCUUCCCUCCCAAGCCCAGGGCGCUCGAGUCGGAGCAUCAGAGCCGGCCUAACAGCUGGGCCAUGGUGCCACCGAACAUGAACCCCGGCGGCCUGAGAGUAUCCGUAUCCGAAGGUGAUGGCAUGGGCUUGCCUGGCUCGCGAGACUUCCCCCCAUUCUGCGAACCCCAGAUGGCUCCGCACGCACCGAGGACAUUACAGCCGCCCGCCGAGAUUUUCAGCAACUCGGAGAUUUGGAACGCGCAAGAGCACGCGGCCCCGCCAAACUUUGCCAUGUCGAGCAUGCCGGCAGAGGUGUUCGCGCCAACGGCCGUGAACUCGGGCUACAACCCGAGUUACGGUUGGCCGGGCCAGGCCCAGCCGGCGUAUGACCUCCCCAUCUUCAACGAGACGGAGUCGGUCCAGCCCGAGGACACGAUCGUGGACGGAGAUAGUAACAAGUACAAUGAGAUGCAGUCAGACAGCCUCGAUGACAGCUUCUCGUACGAUGACGGGUACAGCUCAACCAACCCCGAGGAGCCCCUCAUCAAGCAAGAGGGGGACUCGGACUACCGGCGAGACUCCAAGCACGGCGUGCGCGACUUCAUGACGCCGGGGCGGAAAGGCAGCCGUCGGGACUCCAAGGUGCGGGCGAGCGGAAUCACCAAACGAAAGAUGCGCUCGGGCAACAUGCUGGAAUCAUUCGACACCCACCACAACGGGUGCCCCGUCGAGGUCAAGUACCAGUCCGGGAUCCAGGUCGACCCCAAGUCGGGUCGGUACUGCUCGGCGACGGGCGAGACCAAGAAGCAACGGUGCCGGUUCGAGGGCUGCAUCAAGACGUUCGCGCGGCCAGAGCACCUCAAGCGCCACGAGAACACGCACAGCAAGGAGCGGCCGUUCCCCUGCGUGGUGCCCCACUGCGGCCGUCGCUUCAGCCGCAACGACAACCGCAAGGCGCACUACGAGACACACCUCAAGGAGGCGCUGCUCGGCAAGAAGGCGCGCAACGCACCCGUCACCUUCGACGCCCUGUGCACGUACCUGCAUCAAUCCGAGCCCGAGGACGAGGCGCGGAAGAUGAUCGAGAAGCUGCAGAACCCGAAGUCCAAGAUGAAGUCGAGGGACUGA